UUUUGUAGCCUUGUGGUAAAGAGGUGUGGAAAAAUGGCAAAGAGAAUUGCAGAGAAGGAACUGACUGACAGAAACUGGGAUCAGGAGGAUGAAGCUGAGGAGGUGGGAACGUUUUCAGUAGCUAGUGAAGAAGUCCUGAAGAACAGAGCUAUUAAGAAAGCAAAGCGCCGAAAUGUUGGAUCGGAGUCGGAAAGUGGAGGAGCUUUUAAAGGGUUUAAAGGCUUUAUAUUGCCUUCUGGAAAAGGAGGAGGUGGCUUCAGCGGAUUUGGUAAUGGUGCAGGAAUAAAGUCUUUAGAUGGGCUGUCUAAUGGAAGCAGUAGUGUCUCUAGCACUCCUUCGUUCAGCAGUUUAAAGACCACCUCCGAAACACAAUCGGCGUUCGGAUCCACAAUGUCAAAUGGCCCUACUACUACUGCAUUUACCGAGAAAAAGGCUGCGAGCCCAAAAGCUAAUGGUGGCAGUCAACCGUCCUCAUCUGGAUACACUCAGAGCAAAGUUUGUAGCUCUAGUGUUUACCACAAACAGUUAGCAGCUUUAAACUGUUCUGUGCGUGACUGGAUAGUUAAGCACGUCAACACAAACCCACUUUGUGACCUGACACCCAUCUUUAGAGACUAUGAGAAGUAUUUAGCAAACAUUGAACAGCAACACGGCGGCAGUAGCGACAGUGGCUCUGAAAAUGAAAGCAACAAGACACCUGGCUCUCAGCCUGCUUCUACAUUUGGUAAUUCAAAGCUACAGCAAGGAUCAACAUUUUUGUUUAACAACAACAAAAGCGAGGAUACAUCGGACAAAAAACCUGAAGCUGCAUCAGAAAAAAAAGACCCGUUGUUAGGAGCUACGUCCACCGUCUCGUUUAAUUUUGGCAAGAGUGUCGACAGUUCUGUUUUGGGUUCCCUUGGUUCAGGAACACUUAGUAGUUUCUCAUUUUCUCCUGGGAAUUCAGGUUUGUUUGGAAAAGAUGCAAACCAGGCUAAGUCUGUCACUGCAGUAUCCACCAAUGUCUUGGAAGCUCAGACAGAAAGCGGCAAUGGUGAUGAUAAAGGAGGAGAAGAGGACGAAGAAGAGCCACCAAAAGUCAUUGUUAAUGAAAUAAAAGAGGAUGAUGCUUUCUACUCCAAGAAGUGCAAACUGUUCUACAAAAAGGAUAAUGAAUUUAAAGAGAAAGGUGUAGGAACAUUACACUUAAAACCAGCAGGAAAUGAAAAAACUCAACUCCUAGUCCGAGCUGAUACUAAUUUAGGAAACAUCCUGUUGAAUGUUCUCAUUCCACCUAAGAUGCCGUGUACGAGAACCGGAAAAAACAACGUUCUUAUAGUUUGUGUUCCAAACCCUCCGAUUGAUGAGAAGAAUCCAGCUGUUCCUGUCACUAUGUUAAUAAGGGUGAAAACAAGUGAGGAUGCAGAUGAGUUGCACAAAAUCUUACUGGAGAAAAAGGAGGCUUAAAUAAGUUGCAGUCAGUUUUUUUUUUUUUUUUUUUUUUCCUUCCAUUAACUUCACUUGAACACUUAACUCUUUACUCUGAUAUUAAGAACUGUUAGAGGAAUUCUGGGAAAAAAUUCUGUGAGGAAAAGCUAAACUAGCUAAUAAAAGCUUUAAAUAGAACACAAGUGUUGGACUGUGCUCCCUCAUUUGUCAACAUCUAAAAUGUGGGACCUCUUCUGGAUAAAGCACUUAGCAAUUAAAAUUUUCAAGUGUGUUUUUAACACCGAUUUGACUGAACGGACUGAAAUCAGAGUACAAAAACCUGGUACCAGAGCUUCCUCACAAACUGCACUGCAAUGCAACAGCCUCCUCUUUGGAGAAGGGAGGGUGGCGUUGAACUCUCAAAACUGUUUCUAGGCUCCGGAUUUUUAAUUUUCAUUGGUCUGUCGUAUUCUGGUGAGACUUAAAUUUUUUUCAAACUUGGUGACACUGACAUACCCACCACUGCUAGUGUAUAUUGUACUGUGUUUUAAGUCUUACAGACUCGUGUGCUUUUGGGACUCGGAGACUGCAUCUCCAACUAUUUAAGAGAAAAUUUUGCUUGCGUAGUCUUGUUGACAAUAGUGUCUCUUAGAGAAGAACCGUCAGUUCUGUUCUUACUGUAGCAACAAGCUAAUGAUGUGCAAUAGUACAAGCAGACAACUGGAAGACUGUUUAAUCUUGGACCACGACGGCAGCUGGCGUUGCCUGACUCUGGAGGAGUCAGGCAGAGGGUUGCACUGCCAUUCCGGACCCUCGGAGCUCCUCUUCCCUCCUCCCUCGGGCUAAAACUCAAACCCAGCAGAGGCAGAGUUGGAAAUGUUGUACUUGUCUUGCUACUAGGACUUUUCUGAAGAUAGCUAGCUCUUUUCACAAAUUUCAGGAUUUUUAUAGACCUUUAUAUUGCCUCUGGCCAUUACUGAGAAUACAUGCAUAAAUGUGUGUGUGGUUGUGUGUGUGUGGAAUUAUUCUUCCCAUGUGCUAAAACAACAGUGCUUUACUGCAUUACAUUGAGUAAAGCGGCAGUUAGCAGCUUUAGGACAAGCCUUCUGGGGUGAGUAGGGAGCACUGGGUUAAUCUAUAACUUAGUUUUCAGCUGUGUUAAAAUUAACCCUGUGGCAAUAAUUUGUGGAUCAGAAUAUUCUGUUCUCAGCUUCCAUCUCAACUUUAUCAGGCCUUGUUUGGUUAUUGAAUCAGUUUCUUUUUUCAAGUGGUGUUUGCUGGUAACUCCUCCCCCUAAUAAUUGGUUUUCUGCUUUACUUCCAGCCCGGGAAGCUAUCCUAGAGCUAGAUGUUACUAGUUAAACUUCAACUGCUCUCAGCCCUGGCACGCUGACCAGCUCUGGGGAGGUGGAAGGAACGGCCUGACCUGCCUCUGGCUAACGCAGCACAGAGAAAAAUCCCCUUUUUUAAAAAAGAAAGCAGUGUGAUGCAAUUCUGCCAGGGCCCUGGGAACCCACCCUAGUGGCACUCCUGGGGUGGAGAAGCAGCAGCACCAUUUGAUGAGAUGCAGCAUGUUGUACCUGCUCCCCACUGCUCCUGGCAGGGGGGCAGGCGGCUGCCUUGAGGCCUAAUUCACUGCACAAUUCAGGUUACGGCCUUUUUUUUUUCUUCUUACAUAAAAGGAGAAAAAACUUUAUAGGAUCUGUAGCUCUUUUGACCAAAGUUCAAAAACAAAGGCCUUUGCUUACAUUUCAGUUACACUGAGGUCACAGGAAUUGCAUUUUUAAGUGUAAAGGGAACUCAGAUACCAUUUCAAUUAUUAUUUGAAAUAUAAACUGGUGCCUUUUUUUCUUUUUUCCAUUGGGUCAGUACUUAACCAUUAAAAGUUACAUUACUUUCCUCAAAAUAACAUUCUUUUUGUGUUAGUUUUAAAAAGUCUUGCUGAUACUUAAGUUGGAGGCCAAAAGUUGAACGCACGUGUGUUAAUUGUGUAUGAAUGAAAAGCAGAACCUUGCCUGCAAGUUUAUUAGAGGCUCGGGUUCCAUGUCCAAGGUUAAUUUUGCAUUUGUCUUGUGACUCUGAUGUCUUCAACGUGUCUCCAGGCAGCGAGGUUUGAGGGGCUGGAGCGCGGCAGGCGGUUUUAACUCCAUACAGAUCGUACCCGUGCUCUUGGGUUGGUGUUUGUCUCCUUCCCAAAGCUGAGGGAUGUGUGACUGUUCCCUCAGCCACCAGAACGGGGACCAAUUCCCUUAAAACAAGUCAGAGACAAACGGAAGUUUUCAGUUGUCCUUAGGCUUUGCCUUCCAGGUGAGGCAGCCUUGGGGUACUGCAGGCACCUGCUCAGCCCGGUCUAAAACAUGACGAGUGCCUCGUGUGUCUCUGGGGUGUACGAGCUGAGCAUGGUGUAAGGAAAAAGAAGUAGAAUAAUAAUAAAUUGUGCUGGAAAAAUUAAAUCUUGCACUAUCCCUGGUAGUAAGUAAUAUCCUGUUAGCUGCAGGAAAGACAAACUGAGAUGAGACACCUUAAUUCUUCAGCAGCGUGGUGUAUUUAUCAGUCAAGCUAGGGGAAGGUGUAUAAUUGGAAUGUCAUCUUAAUUAGAAUGUCAGAUAUAUGCAGAAACGUACGAUUUUAAACAUUUUACACAGGGAGAGUUACCAGAACAAGAAUAGGGAAAAAUGUGACUGUAGAAUUUUUUCAUUGGCAUCGUUCAUAGUGACCCUGCGAUGAUCUGCACAAGGAAGCAGAAGUCAAGUCACACACUUUUCACUUGAGUAUUCAGUUAUAAAGCACAACCCUGCUCCAGUACUGUUAUAAAACCACAUUUUUGAUGAUGCUUCUUGUAAGAAAUAUUAAAAUAUGCAAAUACUGCAAAAGGCCAGAGAUGGUUAUGUAGAAAUAAAGGCCUAAAACGAAUUAAAAGUAAAGGUUAGUGGUGAGGUAGAAGUCAGUCUACUAUUGCCUUCCUGAGAACAGGGCCCGUGCUGCAGCAGGAAGGGAUUUUGACCAGAAUUCUAACUCGGAUGAGGCGUUCCUGUGUCUUGGUAGAUACUUACUGUAUUGAACAGGUGGCUCUAAGGUACCUGAGGUUAAAGAUGCAAGUUUCCUCCCUAAUUUCAGUUACUGCCUUCACUCUUCCAGCUGUACGCAGGCGUUGGAGUGUCUUACGGAUCACACCACCUUCCUUCUGCUGUCAUUUUGAAGUUUUCAGCUGCUUAGAAAUCUUUCCCCUCUCACCUCCCCACUCCUUAAACCAGAAAACCAACAUCUCUGCUUCGUUUAAUUCUCCGAAUCAUCUGCAAGGGAGAUUGUUACAGUUGGUUUGAGUUUUAUUAUAUUAAUUUGCUGUAUGCAAAGGUUUGGGGUUUGGUGUGUUGUUUUUUUUCCUAGUGUACUUAAAGUUACCUAUUUGGGAGCACAACUGUGUUCCUGUAAUCCCUUUUGGUUGAUGGAUGUGAAAGUUUAAGUGAAGUUUACAGUUCAAAUAGAACAUGUUGUAGAAAACAAACCAAUUAGGAGGUACGCUUUCCUCAAGGACUUCAGUCAGCUCCCUCUGCAGCACUGUAACAUUUACAAUGUCCUUAAAGACUUUUCUUUCUGAUGCCUUAACUUAUUUGCAUAUGCUAAAAUUUCAUAGCUGGUGCCUGUGUGCAGAAAUUAACUGACAUUACACAAUUCAAAGUGGCAUGAGCUAGUAUAAAUCCAAUGAAAAUGCUGAAUGUGAUGAUUUGUUAAUUGUUAAUAGAUUUCAACCUGCUCUGAAUUGGAUACAUAAGUUUCACAGAACCUGUCACGUAACGAUGUUUUCAUUAAUUCUAAUGCAUUGAGGAAGUGUACAAAAACCCAUGGAAAAUGUGAAUAAACGAAUGGGAGAGAAGUGUCUCGCCUGUGUCCCUUUCCCUUUGACUGUUUAACGCUGUAUUGAUAAUGGGGAUUUUACAGUGGGUUGCUUGCAGGUGAACUCCUACCUAGCAAAUCCCGCCUUGCUAAGCACCAGUUCAGCAAAACUGCCGCCUUCUUGCCAGGGCAGUGAGCUGACACCAUGACUGCAGAGAAACGCUACGAGAGUUGACUGUAGAGAUCAACCUCUCACACUUUCCACGCCAACACUAAAAGAUUAAAGAGCAAAAGUAAGCUGUGUAGAACUUGGGCUGGAUCUAAACUAAAAGUCCUAUCCUAAAGCUGGGCCACAAAGUGAUUCUUCGCUUCAUUGUUUCGUGAUCGUUUGGCCAAACAGGAAAAAA